UUAUUGUUGAAGAGGUUAAAUGAGGUUUUGGUGUAGCAAUGGCGAGGGAAGAUGGGGGAGCUAAGGAUGUUGGCAUAACUAACCCAACUAACAAAACACUCACACCUUACUCUCUUCUUCCCUUCACUACCAUGACUAAAUUUCUCAUCCUACUGUUAUUGUGCGCACGCUUCUUAUCAUGCGCCCACUGCGCCUCCGUCACCGAGAUCCAAGCCUUAACGUCGUUCAAGCUCAACCUUCACGACCCUCUCGGCGCGCUUAACGGCUGGGACCCAUCUACGCCGUUAGCUCCAUGCGACUGGCGCGGGGUUUCUUGCAAGAACGACCGAGUCACCGAGUUACGCCUGCCUCGCCUUCAACUCAGUGGCCAACUUGGUGACCGCAUUUCAGACCUACGCAUGCUUCGAAGGCUAAGCCUUCGCUCCAACUCCUUCAACGGCACAAUUCCCCAAUCCCUCUCCAAAUGCACGCUCCUACGCGCCUUGUUCCUACAGUAUAACGACCUCUCCGGCCAACUCCCGCCGGAGAUCGGUAACCUCGCCGCUCUCCAGAUUCUCAACGUCGCCGGCAACAACCUCUCUGGGGAAAUCCCCGCAGAACUUCCCCUCCAUCUCAAGUACGUUGACCUCUCCGCCAACGCCUUCUCCGGCGAGAUUCCGACCACCAUCGCCGUUCUUUCCGAGCUUCAGCUUAUCAACCUCUCCUACAACAAGUUCUCGGGCCAGAUUCCGGCGCGCAUUGGAGAGCUUCAGAAUCUGCAAUACCUUUGGCUCGAUCACAAUGUUCUCGGCGGAACCUUACCUUCGUCUCUCGCGAAUUGUUCCUCGCUCGUGCAUUUGAGCGUCGAAGGGAACGCGCUCGCCGGCGUGUUACCGGCUGCGAUUGCGGCUCUCCCGAACCUCCAGGUGUUGGCGCUCGCGCAGAACAACUUCACCGGCGCCGUUCCGGCUUCUGUUUUCUGCAACGUGUCGCUGAAAGCGCCGUCACUGCGCAUCGUCCAGUUAGGGUUUAACCGUUUCACGGAUUUCGCGUGGCCUCAAGCCGCCACGUGUUUCAGUGUUCUUGAGGUUUUGGAUAUACAGCAAAAUGGCGUGCGCGGCAUGUUUCCAUUGUGGCUAACCAACGUGACCACGUUGUCGGUUCUCGAUAUUUCCGGUAACGCACUUUCCGGCGAGGUUCCGCCGGAAGUUGGAAAUCUCUGGAAAUUGGUAGAGCUGAAGAUAGCCAAUAAUUCAUUCUCAGGCGAGAUUCCGCCGGAAUUAGUAAAAUGUAGGUCCCUGCGUUUUGUUGAUUUUGAAGGAAACCGGUUUUCCGGUGAGGUUCCUUCGUUUAUAGGAAAUCUGACGGCGCUGAAGGUUCUGUCUCUUGGUGUGAACCAUUUCUCUGGUUCUGUUCCGGUGAGUUUUGGUGGGCUUGUUUCUCUUGAAACUUUGAGUUUAAGAGGUAAUAGAUUGAAUGGUUCAAUGCCAGAGGAAGUGAUGGGGUUGAAGAAUUUGACAGUGUUGGACCUCAGUGGAAACCAGUUUUCGGGUCAUGUUUCUGGGGAAAUUGGGAAUCUGAGUAAGUUAAUGGUUCUGAAUCUGAGUGGUAAUGGCUUCUAUGGAGAAAUUCCUUCCACAUUGGGGAAUCUUUUCAGGCUCACAACACUUGAUUUGAGCAAACAAAAUCUCUCCGGUAAAUUGCCAUAUGAAAUUUCGGGGCUUCCCAGUUUGCAGAUCAUUGCUCUUCAAGAGAACAAGUUGUCUGGGGUGAUCCCUGAAGGGUUUAGCAGCUUGACCAGUUUGAAAUACGUGAACCUAAGCUCUAACGAGUUUUCUGGGCAUGUUCCCAAGAGCUAUGGCUUUCUCCGAUCUUUGGCUGUUCUUUCAUUGUUGAAUAACCGAAUCACGGGAAUGAUUCCCCCGGAAAUUGGAAACUGCCCUGACAUUGAAAUUCUCGAGCUUAGAUCAAAUUACUUCAGGGGUCCCAUUCCCGCGGAUCUCUCUGGCCUAGUCCAUUUGAAAGUCCUUGAUUUAGGUAAGAACAACUUAACUGGGGCUUUGCCUGAGGAUAUCUCCAAAUGCUCAGAGUUAACCGUUGUCUUAGCAGAUCACAACCAACUUUCGGGUGCUAUACCAGGGUCAUUGGCCAAGUUAUCACACCUAACUGUGCUGGAUCUUUCUGCCAAUAAAUUGAGUGGCGAAAUCCCCAGUAAUCUAAACACCAUCCCCGGUUUGGUGUUCUUCAAUGUCUCAGGCAACAACUUAGAAGGUGAGAUUCCAGCUAUGCUGGGUUCUAAAUUCAACGACUCCUCUGUAUUUGCAAGUAACCAGAACUUGUGCGGGAAACCAUUGGAUAGAAAGUGCGAAGCGACGGACAAUAGUGAGAGAAAUAGGUCGAUAGUGUUAAUCAUUAUCAUCGCGGUUGGAGCUUGCUUAUUGGCAUUGUGUUGCUGCUUCUACAUCUCCAGCCUUCUGAGAUGGCGCAGAAGGAUUAAAGCAGCAGUGUCGGGAGAGAAGAAAAAGAGUCCAAGAACAAGUUCAGGAACAAGUCAAGGUCGAAGCAGCACUGACACCAACGGACCAAGACUCGUCAUGUUCAACGCCAAAAUCACACUCGCCGAAACAGUCGAAGCAACAAGGCAAUUCGAUGAAGAAAACGUGCUAAGCAGAACAAGACACGGUUUAGUAUUCAAGGCCUGUUACAACGACGGAAUGGUCCUUUCCAUUCGCAAGCUCCCAGACGGGUUACUACUAGACGAAAACAUGUUCAGAAAAGAAGCCGAGUCGUUAGGAAAAAUUAGGCACCGGAACCUAACAGUUCUCAGAGGCUACUAUGCAGGCCCAUCGGAUGUUAGACUCUUGGUGUACGAUUACAUGCCAAAUGGGAACCUCGCAACAUUGCUCCAAGAAGCAUCACACCUAGAUGGUCACGUUCUGAAUUGGCCAAUGCGACACCUCAUUGCAUUAGGAAUAGCCCGUGGCAUAGCGUUUCUACACCAAUCCUCACUUAUCCACGGUGACAUCAAACCCCAAAGCGUGCUCUUUGAUGCAGACUUCGAAGCCCAUUUAUCAGAUUUCGGGUUGGACAAGUUAACAGUUACCAACCCAGUUGAAGCCUCCACUUCAAGCACUGCUUCAGUUGGGACGUUGGGUUACGUGUCCCCUGAGGCUGUGCUAACAGGGGAACCCACGAAAGAGUGUGACGUGUACAGCUUCGGCAUCGUUUUGCUGGAACUUCUCACUGGGAAGAGACCAGUGAUGUUCACGCAGGAUGAGGAUAUAGUGAAGUGGGUGAAGAAACAGUUACAGAACGGUCAAAUUACAGAGCUACUAGAGCCUGGUUUGUUUGAACUUGACCCAGAGUCUUCCGAAUGGGAAGAGUUCUUACUGGGUGUGAAAGUUGGCCUGCUUUGCACAGCCCCAGACCCUCUUGAUCGACCAACCAUGGCUGACAUCGUCUUCAUGCUCGAAGGUUGUCGUGUUGGACCCGAUAUUGCAUCCUCCGCUGAACCCACCACACAACCUUCUCCCGUGUAACAUAAACAACAGACACGUGUCUGUUGUUGUUUGACAUAUUUUUCCUUAUUAUGGAACUUGGUGAUGUCAGACGUUGAUUCUGUUACACGUGGCUCUCACUCUGGUUCUAGUUGUAGUUAAAAAAAAUUGAAAAUUUGAAAUUGGAAUUCGGAGACUCGAUUACAGGAUGUGGUAGAAGGUCUCAAUUAUUAGGCAUUGUGCAGGGUGGGUCCUGAUUUAUUUGAUUUGGAUUAUUGCAUAUAUUAUCUGUCAUUUUGACCAUUUUUUUAGCUUUUGGGCGUGUAUCAGCAACAGGGAUUUAGAGAAGGAAAAAGUAAUCAUUUGUCA